GCUCUCUGAGCGUGUUUGUUGUGACUGGUGUCAUGUCGAAGCCGGGGCCCAGUAUACCGUCAGUGAGGGUGGAACCGAACACCUUUUACAGGCAGAGCCAGGGCGCGAAGACAGUGGAUUUUGUGUAUGUGAACUCGGCGUAUGUGGGGAGCGUUGAUGACGUCAACCAGAGUCGUCUGCAACAGCCUCCCACUACGGUAAUCCGAGAACAAUACUGGGCGUGCUCGAAAUGGCCGUUCGGUCAGCGAGUGCUGGCCAUCACUGUCGGAGUCCUGCUUGGCGCUGUUAUCAGCCUCACCGUGUAUGUGGUCCUCAAUGGAGAGGAUAAGGAUAUAGUCAACAUCCUUAGGACUAUACCUGCACCAGAUUAAGGAGUGACGUCUUAUGGUGUAUACUAUAGGGGUCUAUUUACCUAAAAGAGAUGAUUAUUCUGUAUAGGGUUGUUUAUGUUUAUAGCUGAUGUAAUUGUUAAUAUUAUGUUUAAGUAAAGGAUAGUUUGUAAUGGUUUAAAGGUGUGAUUUUUAGUGAUGGAAAAACAACGACUAUUUUUUUUAUGUGAAAGAAGGCAAACGAGCAUGUGGAUCGCUGAUGGUAAUACCACAGCCCAUAGGCAUCUUCAGACGUGUCCGAAGAUUUGUUGCCGACUUUUUAAGGUGGAAAAUUAUUGUUUAUUUUACUGUAUUGUAUAAUUUUAUAACGUUACGUGCUUUUAAAGUUAAAUGAACAUGGUUUCAAGAAAUCUAAGUUUAUCAAUACAACGAAUAGACAUUAAUUCGCCUUUUGAUUUAUGCCAAUAAAUUUAACUUUUGAGCAUUUAGUACUUGUUCCAAAACUAUUCGAAGUCAUGGUAUUUAGGUG